AUGUACGUCACGCAGGACACGUGCGAGGCGGUCGUGUGCGUGGCGCUGGACCGCCUGCUGUACGUGCAUGUGCCGCGCCUCGGCCACGCGGCGUCCGUGCCGCUGUCGUUCUGCGCGGCGCGCGUGUGGCCGCUGCACACGGGCGUGCUGAUCGUGCGCGAUGCGCAUGCGCACACGAGCGGCGCGGCGCUCCCGGGCGCCUACUACGUGCGCAGUCUCUUUGACGAGGCCGCGCCGUGGACGCGCGCGGCCGCGCUGCAGCGCGAGGACGGCGCGCCGGUCGUGCACGGCGCCACGGCGCCCUUCCCCGAGAGCGGCGAGCAGAUCGUGUGGGCGAGCGACGGGCGCACCUGCCCCGCUGCGCUGCUCGUGUCGCUCAGCCGCGAGCGCCGCGCCCUGCGCGUGUACCAGUAUGUGACGUCGUCCGAGCCGCUGCAGCAGCGCGCCGCGCCCAAGACGCAUGCCGCGCCGCCCCCCGCGCCCAGCGCGGUGCGCUCGCGCAAGUCGCUGCGGCGCUCGAGCCGCGUGAGCGAGCUCGGCGCGCGGCGCGCGUCCGAGUACCACCCGCCGCUCCCGCUCCUCGAGCCCGAGCAGGACGCCGCGCUGCUCGGGCGCCGCGCCACGCACAGCCUCUCGGACGUGGACAUGGCGCCCCCGAGCGGCGCGCCCCACCCCCUCUUUGCGCACCUGGCGCACGCACACGCCUGCGUCGUGCUCCUCGAAGAGAUCACCGUGCCGGAGCUCGCCCAUGCGCCGGACGACGCCCACAGCGUGCGCGUGCUGUGGUUCUACGAGCGCCUGUACAUCUUCGUGCGCGCCUCCGAGCGCGUGUUCUGCCGCUGUGUCGGCGCGGGCCCGACGCUGCAUGCGCCGCACCAUGCGGACGCCGACGCCGUCUUCGCCGCGCGCGACGUCGCGUGCGUGUCGCUCGUGCGCCCGAACGACGCGCUCCUUCAUAUCGAUGCGCACCAUACGGCGUGGCUCGUGUGUGGCCCGCCAGGGCCGGCCGCCGCCGUGCCGUGGGCGCACGACGCGACGCGCGUGCGCGUCGACGACGACGCCCAGCUGCUCGUACGUGGCGCGUGGGCGCCGCAUCCCGUGUAUGCGCGGCCGGGCGAUGCGCUCGCCGCGCGCGUCCUCGACGCGCUCAGUCUCGCGCUGCCGGUGUCGACGGCGAGCGCGCUGCUGGCGCAGUGGGCUCGUGCGCCAUGCACCUGGGCGGGCCUCGCGCAGGUCCUCGCCGUCGACGAGGCGGCGACAGGCCCGGCGCACACGUGCGAGGCCCACGCGCGCUCGCUGCUGACGGCUCUCGGCUACGCCGCCGCGCCGCCGGCGGCGGCCGGCGCCGGCGAGCCGCGGCCGUCCGAUGCGGGCGUCGCGGUCGUGCUGCACUUUCUCGCGCAGGACGCCAUGAUCGAUCUCGCGCGCCGGCGCACCGAUGCGCCGCGCCUUGUGGCCCUGCUCGUGCCUCUCCUCGAGCGCCUGGGGUGGGGCGCGUGGCUCGACGCGUGGACGCGUGUGUACCCGGUGCGAGCCGUCUCGCAGACCGGCGGCGGCCCGCCGGCGCCGCCGGACGUGUAUGCGACGCUGCGUGCGACGCUCGAUGGCGACGCGCGCACGCUCGACGCGCUGGCGCAGACGGUGGCGGACACGACACACACGCCGCCUGUGCGCCACCUCGCGACGUGGUGCCCGCUCUUGCACGCGCUGCUCGACGUGUACGGCGUGCUGGCGCACGGCACCGCCACGGACGUCGUGCAUGCGCUCCUCCGCGUGCACUGGGACGCGCGGACCGUGCAGCGCCUCCCUGCGGGCCUCGCGCUCCCUCUGGAGGAGGCGCUCCGGACGUGCCAGCUGGAUCCGCCCGCGCAGGCCCCGCCCGCGCUGUAUGCGCUCCUGCGCCGCGCGGACGCGGCCGCCGCGUCGCUCGCUGCGCCGCCGCCGCCCGUGACGAUGCGCGCGGCGCGGCAGGCGACGCUCCCGCCCGGCCUGGAUCCGCUGAGUGCGCACAUCUUCCACCGCGACCACCGCCUCGCCGAGGUCGCGCGCAUGCUGUGUACGACGCGCGUGCAGACUGCGCGCCUGCCGACGGACGAGACGGGCACGUCGCCGGCGGCCUCGGCGCUUGCGCGCACGCUCGCGGAGCGGACCCUGUCGCAGUGUGUGGGCCGCGGCAUGUUCCGCCUCGCGAGCCAGACGCUGCGCACGACCGGCACAUGGCGCACGCCGCGCCUGUGUGUCGCGCUGCGCACGCUCCCGGACGGCGCGCUCCUCACCGACACGCACGAGCCCGCCGAGCUCGAGUGGCCCGAGUUCCACAAUGGCGCCGCGUCCGCGCUCGAGAUUGGCGCGGCGCCGGUCGACUCGAGCUGGAUCUUUGCGCAUGCGGGCGAUACGCGCGGCGCGCGCGCGCGCCAUGCCGGCUUCCUCCUGGGCCUGGGCCUGCAGGGGCACCUGCGCACGCUCGGUCGGGUCCAUGCGUACCGCUACCUCGCUCCGCGGCACACGCUCACGACGAUGGGCCUCGUGCUCGGCCUGGCCGCCUCGUUUAUCGGCACGGGCGACCCCGUGGCGCGGCAGAUCAUGGCGGUCCAGGUCGCAGCGUUCCUGCCGGCCGGGAGCGUGCCGCUGCACAUGGCGCCGCUGACGCAGGCGACCGGCCUGCUCGGCAUGGGCCUCGUGUUCUGCGGCACGGACCACCGCUGGACGGCCGCGCGCCUCGUGGCGCAGCUCGACGCGCCCCUCGACACGAGCGAGGCGCUCGAUCGGCACCGCGACGUGUACGCGCACUGCGCUGGCCUCGCGCUCGGGCUCGUGCACCUCGGCCGCGCGCGGCGUACCGGCAUGUCGAGCGCCGCGGACCUCGCGCUGACGGCGCGGCUGUGCCGCCUGCUCACUCCCACCGACGACACGCCGCCGCUCGCGGCCGUGCGCAGCGCGGCGGCCGCGAGCCUGGCGCUCGCGCUCCUGUUUCUGCGCAGUGGGCGGCGCGACGUGGCCGAGGCACUCAAGCCGCCCGCGCUCGAUGCACUCGCGCACAUGCGCCCCGACCUGCUGCUCACGCGCGCGCUCGCGCGCGCGCUGAUCCUCUGGGACGCGACGCCCGACGAUGCGUGGCUGGCGUCGGCGUGCCCGGCGCUCACGGACCCUGCGGCGCUCGAUCCGCACCAGGCGCUCGCCUUCUACUACAUUCGCGCGGGCGCAUGCCUGGCGCUGGGCCUGCAGUUCGCCGGCACGGGCGAUGUGCGUGCGCGUGCGCUCCUGCUGCGCCAGCUGGCCUAUGCGCCCGAGCCGCCCACGUCGUACGAGGCGCGCCUCGUGCGGGCGGCCAUCACGAUGCUGCACGACGUGGUGCGUCUCGCGCUGGGCUGCGUCAUGGCCGGCACGGGCGACGUGGAUACGCUGCGUGUGCUGCGUGCGGCGCACGGCGCGCUGGACGUGCCGUACGGCAGCCACAUGGCGACGCAUAUGGCGCUCGGUCUCUUGUUCCUCGGCGGCGGCCGCUUCAGCGUGGGGCGGAGCGAUCGCGCGAUGGCGGCCCUGCUGAUGACGUGCCUGCCGCGCUUUCCCCUCGCGCCCGACGACACGGGCGCCCAUCUGCCGGCGCUGCGGCACCUGUGGGUGCUGGCCCUGUCGCCGCGCCUGCUGGCCGCGCACGACGUGACGAGUGGCGAUGUGUGUUUCCUGCCAGUGUCGGUCGGCGGCACACGCCUCGAGACGCCGGCGCUUGUGCCGCCGGACGCUGUGGCCACGGGCGCGAUGGCCGUGUCGGACAGCCGGCGGUACUGGCCCGCGGCUGUGCCGCUCCGGGCGUCCGCGCCGCUCUCUGUGCACUGGCUUCCUGUGCAGCGGCGGACGGGGUUCCUGACGUAUGCGGACGACCCGCACGGCCACCGCAGCAUCUUUGCGCGCACGGCGCAGGUCACCGCGCCGCGCUGGACGGCCGAUGCGGAAGGCGCGCGGCACCUGCAGGACUUGCGUGUGCUUGUGCAAGGGUUUACGACGGCGCCCGAGGUCCAGGGGCUCGUGCGCUACGUGUGUGGCGCUGCGGCGCCGUUUGCCUCGUUUUGUGCGUCUGUCCUCCUGGAUGGCCUUCUCCACGACACGCCGAUGCUCCCGCGCGUGUACCUGGCGCUCUGGGCCGGCUGGCAGCAGCCCGAGGCGCCGGACCGCGUGCUCUUUGUGCAGGAUGUGGCCCUGCUGCGUGCGCUGUACCGCUCGGCGGCCGAUGCGCGGCUGCGUGGCACGCGCGACCGGCUCGUGCCGCGCGACGUGCUGGACGGUCUGGCGUGGCAGCUGACGCAGCAGCUCGGGCCGAGCAUGCCGGGCGUGUCCGCGUACUUGCGGGGCGCGCCGCUCGUGCGCGAGGCGGCGUGGGCCCUCGCGCUGCUCGAGGCGCCGAGCGCGGCGGACGUGGCGCGGCUGCCGAGCCCCUGGUGCAGCAGUGCGUAG